ACCGCCGCCCGGGGCUGGAAAUAGACGCGGCGAGGGUUAACGUCGGACUGCGUCGUCCCUCCAGUCUCUUCGUCCGCCCACGGCCGCCAGCUGUCCUCCGGCUCCGCCAUGCGCCGGGACUCGCACUGACCACCUGGCCACCUGGCCACCCGGCCACCCGCCCACCCGGCCACCUGCCCACCCGGCCACCAUGCGGCUGCUGACGGCGAUCCUGCUCUGGUGCCUCGCGAGCGGCACGGCAGAUGGCUCUCGCCGCCGCUACAACUGCCCUGCGCGCUUCGUGCGGAUCAGCAACGGCUGCUACCUGUUCAGCACGACCAUGGAGACGUGGCAGGACGCAUUCUUCGCGUGCAGAGCCGCCGGCGCAGACUUGGCGGCCAUGGAGACCGGCUGGGAGGACAGCAACAUCAGGAGCUACCUCAACCGACCUGAGCUAGCGCACUUGGAGAGAUGGAUUGGAGGAAUUUACAACUGGAUCACGAGGAGGUGGGUUUGGGGGUCAGACGGACACCACCUGCUGUACCAAGGAUUCUCCAGGGUGUCGCUGACAGCAAACCACAAGUGGCACUGCAUCAUAAUGGACCCCAUCAAGUUCUACAAGUGGAGCACGAGACUUUGUACAGUCAAAAAGCACUAUAUCUGCGAGACAUUUUUAAUGACAGUUUGAUUUACAAGGAACUUAGUGAAUAAAUUAUAUCUGACAGGUUUAUGUAUAGUCCAAUCAUUAUGAUAAUAAUACAUAAAGUUUGAAAAAUUUAAUAUUUUCAUAUAUAACAAAGUUUUUCAGUGUGCCUUGCAUACUUGUCUUACCAACACUUAAAUAUAAUGUCGAAUUUACGCGUACAUAGUAUAACAUUAAUUACAUAAAGCACAGAAUAAUUUAUGUAUAGUACAAUUAUCAUAGCCACAGGAAUAAGAAGAAAAAAAGGUUUGUGUAAUUUCAAGUUACAGUGUCAAAAGUUUUAUUCAGUCAAAACCUAUGGUUUGAUGAACUGUAGUUUCUUCUGUUGCAUUUUCAAAAGCAAUUAAAAUAUACAUGAAACGGAGAGUUAAAUGAAUUUUAGAAAUUCAUAUAUUGCAGCUAAAUUGUAACAAUUGUUUAUAUAUAUGUUUAUAUACAUUUUUAAUUUGUUUAAUAGAGUCUGUAUAGAUUUGGAGGUAUAUUGUUGGAAUUUCACUCUAGAAACCAAAAACUUAAUUAACAUUACUUUAUUUCAUUUAAAAAAAUAGCAUUUGGCUAAUCACAGGAUCAGGUAAUUUCAAAAAAUUUUAAGAUAAAAUUAUUUACUAAUGUUUAUAUUAGAAUAAAUUAUAUUUGUAGAUAAGGUAGAACAUUGUUUUCUUAGACUGACAUUUAUAAUGCUUUUCUACAAACAAAAAAAGAGUGGGUUGGCUAAAUAUAACUAAAAAAUUCUGCACAUUGCUUAUUGUAUUUUUAGUUAAACUAAGUGUUCAUACGAGUUAAAAAUCUUUGUGUAUUUAUAGUUAACAACAAGAAUAUAUUUUUCUAAAUACUACAGUAUUUUGUUGUGACUUGUUCUUUACCCUAUUAUUUUGGUUUAUCAUGCCAUAUCAUGAGUAAAUAAGAUAGUUCCUUUGCCUGCAAAGUAAAUAGACAGUUCCGUCAAGCGGGGUGACUAUGGUCACUUUUAAUGGUUUUUUCAUACCAGAUUUGUUAUAUUUAAUUAUAUAUUUCAUUAAAAAUUUGUACAACACAGUACUUGAUUCUGGCUUUCAAAAUACUAUUAGCAUGAAUUUUUUUGAGCCUAUAUAUUUAAGUAAAAAAAUAAUACAUUGUGACCAUAGUCACCUCACCGAUUGGGGUCACUAUGGUCACAACACAAAACCAAUGCAAAACAUUCUGAAAAUGGUGAAUUUUUAAAGGGGUGAACAUGGUCACACAAAAUAAUGAAUACAUAGCAAUACACAAGAGUGAAAUAUAUAAAAUAGUCCUAAAUAGGGCAUCAUAUCUAUGGUACCCAUAGUUAUGUUACAUGCAGUUCCAUAAUUGUUCAUUUUGCCAACCAAUUUGUAAAUUCUCCAACAACGUCACUAAAAAACACACGUUCGGUUGAAAAGUUUAACCAACAUUAAAGCUAUCAAACGUUACAUGAAACAUUAACCUGCCUCUUCUCUCUUCAACUGAUGCAGGAAGAACUCUGAUUACCUGUGCUUUGUCAAUGACAGAAACAUCUGGCUUGUCUGACCAAAUAAAGAAACCCCCUCGAGAUUUUUUAAGAAAAGUCCUAAGUCUGUAGAUUCUGUUACUAAUGUCUGCCAUACUGUCAAAAUAGUUGUUAACAUCUUCAGGAUUUCACUGAGAACGUUUGGGGUUGAUGUUUGAGACCAUGCGGGAACAUAUUUUUUCACUGUUGCGUUUUAUGAACGACCGAGCCCACUCUACUCCUGGGGUACACCCAUCAGAAAACCUUGUGAUUGUUUUACCCUGCUUUUUUAAGUUUGAUCGCACGAGCAAACGUAACUCAAAUGAGGUUAUUGGGAAGCCCCAUUCAGCAAGCUGGGUGGUGUAAGAACACAACAAAGAUUCUUCAGCUUCCGUUAAUAUUGUCUGUCCCCGUGGUCUCUUCAUGUCCAUGUUCUUGCAUCUUUUCCUCAACACUUCCAUUUUUACUUUGUAUCUUUCGGCAGCUGUCAUGCUCAUUCCCUUUCUAACAGCAGUAAUUGCUGAAUCCAUUUGUUCUGGGCUGUAAUCCAUGUAGGAUCGCGACCCAGGGGAUCGUUGAUAGGUUCUCACCAUGAAGAUCACCUGCAAAUAAAUAUAAAAAGAACACAGUGAUAAGUAUCUGUAUUCUUGUUUUUAUACAUUUAAGGCCUAAUUGCUAGUUAAUUCUGAAUAGGUUACCUAUCGUAGACAUUAAUAUUUUAAAAAAUAUGCAUGUUUCAUAGGUUAUAAUGAAAAUUAACAAAUGACCAUAGUAACCCCAAAUUAUUUAUGUAUUUACACUAUUUAUUAGAAUUAUUAAUGGCAUACAGCAAUUUUAAAAUAAAUGCUUACAUGUUUACUUACCUAAAAUCCUGAAAUCUUGGUGCAGGUUACACAAGUACUCCUUUUGCUAUACCACAUGACACUGAUCAGCUGUGUUAAACAGUUUAGCCAACAUUUAUUUUGGGGUAAAUUUGCUGGUACAAAAAAUUUAACAAAAAAUAUAUAUAUAUUGGCGAAGUUUAAGUUAACAUUCUCCUGUUAUAUUUCAAUAUGUUCAUAUAUUCUGUAAAAAAUAUAGUUAUUGCUAGUAGUGUAAUUUUUUGUAGGAUAGGAGCAAUCUUAAAAUAUAUCUUUGCUUUGACCAUAGUCACCCCCGUGACCGUAGUCACCCCGCUUGACGGUUGUAUUUUAUAUGAGAUUUAUCCUACUAUUCUCUUGGAUUUUUAUUGCAAUUAAAUGUGUUCAUUACUUUUUUGCCAUGGAGGCAGUGCACUAUGCAAAAAUGUAUUAAGUACAUUGUAAGUUAAACUGUAUAAGGAAAUGCAGAAGAUAAUGUACAAAACUAGUGUAAGUUUAGCAUCAUUAAAUACACUUGUGUUGACAUGUUA